AUGCGGACAACACGAAUAAUGACAUGGGGUGAAACAUUUUACCGUACACAUUUCAAUUCGGUGAUAAAAUCACGGAAUGAUAACGAUUUGCAAACUGAAAUAGCAUGCUGUUCCGUAAAACAUCCGGAAAAAGCGAUGAUAUAUUCGGUAGACAAUACAUUUUUGGAGCAAUCAGCAAGGAUAAGCCUAAGCGGUCGAUGUCGUGCCUUAAUUUUAAGUCCGCUACGUUUGGUACGUGUAUUUGCGGAAAGAAAGCAACUUUAUCAGAAAAAUAAAAGAGCGUUGAGUGUUGCAAAUCAAACGACAACUUCAGCAAAUGAUAAAAACAAUUAUCGAAUUGGUGAAGGCGGCUUUGGUGCUGUAUUUCGACACGUAUACAAUAAUCGCGAUGUAGCAAUUAAGCAAUUACAUCAUUGUCGACAUUCAUCAUCCUCUCAUUUUAAUUCGUUCUGUUCGGAAUUAAAUGCUUUCCGAUUGCCGCCAUCAGCAUAUGUUGUUCAAGCUAUUGCAUUCACAUCAUCUAAUACUUGCUUGCAGAUUGUAACAGAAUUUAUUGAAGGAAAAAAUUUGCAACAAGUAAUUAGUGAUGAAAUGUGGGAUAUCACUUUUGCGCAACGUUUACAACUUGCUUUUCAGGUAAUAAAUGGCUUAAUGCAUUGUCAUAAUCAUUUGCUGCUACAUUUGGAUGUAAAACCAGCUAAUAUUAUUGUUCACGUAAAUGGGAAAAUAUGUAAAUUAUCCGAUUUUGGUUGUUCAAGAAUUGCAAUAACAUCUCAAAAUGGUUUUUUAAUUGUCAAUAAUAAAGCAAUAAAUUCAACAUUUGGUACCAUUGCUUAUAAAGCACCAGAAUUAUUAAAGGGUGAUAAGAUCACUGACAGAGCUGAUAUUUAUUCAUUUUCAUUAGUUCUAUGGGAAAUUCUUACACGUAAAACCGUAUAUAACUUCAUGCAUCCACAUAUUUUCAUUUAUGGUGUUGUUGUACACAAAUUACGACCUGAAAUUGAACAUCUCAAUAUGCCGAAAGGUAAAUAUGGCAGAGCUUUAAUAACACUACUCAAAAAUUGCUGGUCUGAUGAAUUAACUAAACGACCGUCUGCUGCUAUCGUCCAACAAACUAUCAAACAAUUCAUUUGCGCCGAAAAAUUAAUUUGUCCAUAA